AAAAUCCCCCGAAAAACCCCUGGUUUCAAAGAUACCCGGAAACCCCUUUCUUCUUGCUCCGUUAUCCUCAACGAAAAACCUCGGUGCCAGCCAGCCCAACCAUGGAACACACGGCUAGCUCUACCCACUCCCAGUUCCAUUUCCCCAGCACCUAAAUCCGGAUAACUCUAACCCCCUCUCCACUUCUUGAACUCCCCUCCUCCAGCUUCUUCACCCUCCUCGAUUUCGAGCCCCGCGGUCACCACCGACCGCCACGUCGGGCGAAGAACCAUGGCGUCUUGCUCCCACCCGUGGCUCUUUCCAGGCAUGUCGUCGCCGCCGCCGGCUGCCUCCACCGCCGUGCCGGUUCCGAGCUUCUGCAAGUCCUCGAAGGUGUUUGCUAGUUUGCGUCACCGGAGAAACGCAGGGUCAGUCGCGCCGACCAGAACGCGGAGAUGCACGAUCAGGUGCGUCAAGGAUGAGUCUAUCCAUUUUGAUCCGUCGAAGAUUGAAGCGCCGCCGUACUCCAGUUACUUCGACUCCACGUCUGGUCAGCUCGAGCCGGCGUCAGGCGCCCGGGCAAGCAUACCUGGGCAGGAGUACUGGCCGGAGGGCACUGCAGCCCGUGUCCGUGCUGCCCGUGCACCUGCGCCGGUCGGGGAGUCGGCCGGGACUCCGUCUCUUGGCAAGAAACCCGGGAGUAGGAGGAAAGGGUACAAGGGGCAGGUAGCGUCAGCAUCAGCGGCGGGCGGUGCGGACACCGGUGGAGAUGACGGCGAGUUCAUUGUGGCCACUGAGGUUCCACUAGAUGAUACAUUGGAGGAAACAAAUGAUUCGCUGGAUGAAUAUGUUAUUUACGAGGCGCCCAAGGAGGAGAGUUUGAGCGAGUAUGAGAUGGACAAGAUGAUGGGGCGGCCACACCCAUUUGUUGACCCAGCAAAGGCGAUGUUGGCAGAGGAACCGAAAUCGAGCGAGGAGCUCUGGUGGAAUUGGAGGAGGAAGUCCGAGGCAGAAAUGUGGUCAAGAUGGCAGAGGAGGCGCCCAGAUGUUGACACGGUCUUUGCAAAGGCAAUGGCUGAAACUGGGCAGAUUAAAAUAUUUGGGGAUCACCCUACAAGAACAGAAGCUGCUCUUGCCAAGACAAGAAGACAUUUACACAAAGAGGAAAGGUUAGAAGCAGAACAGAGGAGACUAGAAGAAAUAGGACCAAUAGCAUACUAUUCAGAAUGGGUAGAAGCAUAUAAACAAAAGGACACUUCAUGGGAAGCCAUUCAGAAGCACUUUGAGGAGACUGGUGAAGAUGCGAAUACUCAACUUAUAACAAUGUUUCAACACCAAACUGCUGGGGAAUAUCGUAUCAUGAUGGGCACUGAUGUUCGUAUACAACGAGAUCCUUUGGCAAUGAGGAUGCGUGAAGACCAGAUUAAACAGAUUUGGGGUGGUGAUCCUGUUUACCCAACUGUGAACUAUGUUCAGGAUCCUGAUGAAGUGAUUGACUACAGGAGUCCGGAAUUUCAUGAGCCUACCCCUGAAGUAGUACCUUAUUUGAUGGAGCAUGGGAUAAUGAUCACGAAGGAAGAACUGGAUGCACGUUUGAUGGAAGAGGAAGAAGACAUCAAUCAAGACAUUACGUACAUUCCUGAAGUCAAAGAUCCCAUGUCUACUGCUGUUGAUAUUGGAGAGCAUUCUUUCAAUGAAGAUAGUGAUGAUGAUGAGGAGGUUGACAAAGCUGUCACACUGCCCGAGUCACUAGAGGAUGAGGAAGAUGGCGGGGAUGAGGCUGCGGAAGUUGAAGGGAAAGUGAGUCAAAACUGGAGUGUUCUAAAGACUACUGGGCAGGACGAAAAACCAAAGGAAAAGUUAAAGAAAGACCAGAUGUCACUUAAAGACGCUAUUAAUGAGUCCGAGAACCUUACUGAUUUCCUUAUGGACUUUGAAGAAGAUGAGUAAUAUUGUGGGUGUUUAGUCUCUGUUGUCGCAUGACACAAGUUCUGGACCAAGGGAGCAUAGUCCAUCAGUAAUAUUGAAUGGCACAGUAGCGAAAUCAUGAAUAUAUUGCACUGAUGCAAAUAGCUUUAGGCCUUCCUAUGAUGCAUUCCAAGGCGUGAAGCUGCAUCCUUAAUAUGCUCAAGGGAUUCAACAAAGUCAUCCAAAAGUUCAUCAUAGUCAGGAAAGUGUCCCUCAUCCAGUGCUAGAUUUAUCAUGAUGGUGUUGACAUAGCUUUGAUAAUUCACGGUUAGGGCCUACACAAGCAAACCAAACAAUUAAUUACGAAUUAACACAAACUCUAUGCCAUAAAACACUUCGACCUGCUAAAUUGAUUAUUCAUCACUAAUUCAGCACACACUUAUAAAUACCUGGGUAUGGAAGUUCUAUACCCAGGGUUGUUCAAGUGCGGGUUGGCCAACCGUGUAAAACCAUUAUGUACGGCCUUAACCGCUCGCUUGUAACUGUUUUGAAGUAUGGACCCCAAUACCCUCACGGCCUCGCUACUUGCCUGUACUGGUGUUCAACGGAUUACCAAACCCGCGUUUGAACACCCCUACCUAUGCCUGGGCAUAGUUACCUUUUAUUCGGGGGUUCAUGGUAUGUUUUUUUUUUCCGUGUAGAAAAUUUACGUUGUUUUAGUAAUCAACUUGUGACAGCGAUGCUCAUCUAAUCAAGGAAAUACUUGACGAGAUAUGAUGAUGUAGGGCACUGACAUGUUAACUAAUUUAUUUAACCCUGGUGCACACAGGGCACUAACAUGUCCAUUAAUUUAUUUAAGUGUAGUGCAGAGUCAUAUUUUUGGAGGACUUACUUCUGGCGGUCCAUAGCCGCUAGGGGCGAUGAAGACGAUUGGAUGCCCACAAAACUCGACCUGUUCAACCGGGCCAGUCAUGUUGGCGAAUGAUAUAGUGGUAUGGGAGAUCAUACGAUGGAAGAUAGCCGAAGCUGCCUGUUCGCGUCAGAUGUGGCAACGCCGUUAGAAACAAGAACUCAAAAUGGCUCAAAAAUAUGAGUACAGCGGCCCCUUUAGAAAACAGGAUAGUUAAGAGGCACUGGUCUUGUACUGUGAGAAUUAGCCGCCCAGCAUUUCUCUUGGAUAGCUAAAUGUUUAGCACUUAGCACUGUGAUAUAAAGGACCAAAAUGUUACCUUCAGUCCAAACACUUUGAAGAUCACUUCUGCGGCGA